CUCCCAUCCCACCUUGGCAUUGCGCCGGCGCAGAACUUCGCAGCUCUCCCCGACCUCGCCUCCGCAUCCACCAGGCCCAUCCCAUCGCGAGACCCAGGCGAUCAGAUCACGGCAGCAGCGACAAUCACCUCUGCUGCAGACAAGAGCGCAGCGCAGCACCUGCGUCUUACGGACCCGACCCAUAUCGGUGCCUGCAUCUGGGUCUAUUUUGAAGCGCUCCCUGCUGAGCUUAAGGUCGAUAACCCACACACACAUCCGCCGCCAUGACGACGACACCAGCGCCGCCAGAGGACCAGGCGAGAUUGCUCGAGGAUGCCCUCGUGGCAGUCCGCCAGCAGACUGUGCUGAUGCGCAAGUGCCUCGACACUCCAGGCAAGCUCAUGGACGCCCUCAAGUGCUGCUCGACACUUGUAUCAGAGCUCCGCACCAGCAGUCUCGGCCCGAAGCAGUACUACGAGCUGUACAUGUCCGUCUUUGACGCCCUGCGCUACUUAUCCGUCCACCUUCGCGAGAACCACCCGCACAACCACCUCGCCGAUCUCUACGAGCUCGUUCAGUAUGCCGGAAAUAUCAUACCGCGGAUGUAUCUCAUGAUCACAGUGGGGACGGCCUACAUGGCCAUCCCGGACGCCCCCGUCAAGGAGCUCAUGAAGGACAUGAUGGACAUGAGCCGUGGAGUCCAGCAUCCUAUCCGCGGCCUGUUCCUCCGAUACUACCUCUCUGGCCAAGCACGCGAUUACCUCCCCGCCGGCGAGGGUGAUGGUCCCGAGGGCAACCUGCAGGACUCUAUCAAUUUCGUCCUCACCAACUUUGUCGAGAUGAAUAAGCUCUGGGUCAGGCUGCAGCAUCAAGGCCACUCGAGAGAACGCGAGCAGCGGACAAAGGAGCGCAAGGAGCUCCAGCUGCUCGUCGGAAGCAAUAUUGUGCGCCUCAGCCAAUUGGUCGACUUGGACACCUACAGCAAUGGCAUUCUCGGCCCUCUCCUCGAGCAGGUCGUGCAGUGUCGUGAUGUCUUGGCUCAGGAGUACCUUCUCGAGAUCAUCACACAGGUCUUCCCUGAUGAGUUCCACCUACACACCCUGGACCAGUUCCUGGCUGCCGUCUCGAGGUUGAACCCGCACGUCAAUGUCAAGUCGAUCGUCAUUGGUCUCAUGGAUAGACUAUCUGCGUACGCGGAACGGGAAUCGCAGGCGGACGAGUCGGGCGACCGCUCGAAGCUCGAAGAAGAGGCGCUUGCGGAGCUCCUAGAAAAGGUGCGACUAGGCAAGGAGCAGCAAGAAUCGAAACCUGCCCCGGGCGAGGGCAAAGCCGAUGCGAAUGGCGACGAGGCCGACCAAGAUACCGAGUCGGUCAGCACGGCGGCUGCCACCUCUGAGAACGGGAAUGAGGCGGCGCCCAGCGAGGCUGGCACAGAGACGACAGCGGUAGAUGGUGGAGCCGAGCAAUCGGAUGAGGAUGGUGCCAAGAAGCAGCGCGGCAUACCCAAGGACAUCAAGCUCUACGAGAUCUUCUUUGAGCAAGUCAACAAUCUGGUCAACAUGCAGCAACUUCCUAUCCAGGACACAAUUGCCCUGUUGGUGUCGUUGACGAAUCUCGCACUCAACAUCUACCCGAACAGACUCGACUAUGUGGACCAGGUGCUGGAGUACGCGAAUCGCAAGGUCAGAGAACAUGCCAACAGUGCCGACUUGCAUUCGCCGGGCGCCCAGCAGAGCCUGCUCUCCCUCCUUCAAGCCCCGCUCAAGAGAUAUGUCUCCAUGUUUACGGCGUUGUCGUUGCCAACCUACGUUCCGUUGUUGCAGUCGCAGACGUAUCCUACGAGAAGGGCUGUCGCUGGAGAAGUCGCCAGAAGCCUGUUGAGAACUCUGACCAAGAUCUCGACCGUCGCGCAGCUCGAGAAUGUGCUCGAGGUGCUUAAGGUUCUGAUCAAGGAAGGCUCCCAAGCUCCGGCAGGAUAUCCUGGUGGUCCCCAGCGGCGCCCAAUGGAGACGGAGGAGACAAUGGAAGAGCAGGGCUGGCUAGCGCGGAUCGUACAUCUGCUGGAUGCCGAGGACAACGAUACGCAGUUCAAGCUCUUGCAAAUGAUCCGGAAGGCGUAUGCCGACGGCAACGAGAGAAUCCGCACGACCACACCGCCCAUGAUCACUGCCGGCAUGAAGCUUGCACGACGCUUCAAGGCUAGGGAGCACUAUGACGACAACUGGGAAACGCAGUCGAAUGCUCUGUACAAAUUCAUGCACUCUGCCAUUUCGAAUCUGUACACCAAGGUCAAUGGUCCCGGUGCUGCCGAGAUGUCACUGCGCCUAUUUGCCUCUUGUGGCCAGACUGCGGACAUGUUGGGCUUCGAGGAAGUCGCGUACGAGUACUUUGCACAGGCGUUUACGGUUUACGAGGAAGCCAUUUCGGACUCGAAGGCGCAGUUUCAGGCGGUCUGUGUGGUCGCUAGUGCUCUGCACCAGACGCGCAACUUUGGCAAGGAGAACUACGACACGCUGAUUACGAAGUGCGCCCUCCAUGGCAGCAAGCUGCUGCGGAAGCCUGACCAGUGCCGUGCUGUGUACCUAGCAUCACAUCUGUGGUGGGCCACGCCGAUUGCAGCGACGGAUGAGUCUGAAGACGGGUUAUACCGAGAUGGCAAGCGCGUGCUCGAGUGCCUACAACGUGCUCUGCGUGUAGCCGACUCUUGCAUGGAGCAGUCGACAUCGAUAGAGCUCUUUGUCGAGAUCCUUGACCGUUACGUCUACUACUUUGACCAACAAAAUGAAUCGGUCACAACGAAGUACAUCAAUGGCCUCAUUGAGCUCAUUCACUCGAAUCUGGGUGUGAACCAGGACACGGCUGGGCUGGAGAGUAUCAAGAAGCACUUCAACCACACGCUCGAGAACAUUGCUAGCCGACAAUAUGAAGGCAUCGUGCUCAAGCCGCAAUGAAUUGGGGUGGGCGAUGAGGUGGACCACAGGCAGCAGGCACAGAAGUGACGUGUACAUAGAUGUCUUGUCUGGUAAUGGCAUGCGGAGAGUAGUCUUUGAGACGAGGAAGGAGCGUGAAAUAGCAAGCAUUGAGCCACUUGAAGGACCCUACUAUUCUAUCUAGACGCAGGACACUGCAUGAUUGGCUUA